CAGAUACGUAUGCUUAAAGUCGAAAUUGAGAGGAGAGAGAAAUGGAUAGGAUGUUUUCAGUGGACGAUAUUGCGGGCCACUUUUGGUCGCCAUCGCCGGCCGCCGGGGCCGCCGACGAGGAUGAAUCAUCAUCUUCCUCAUCCGCAUCUAAGAGCAAGUCAACGCCGGCGAUGAUGAAUCGGAGUAUGUCUGAGUGGCAAUUUCAACGUUUUCUCCAAGAGGCAUCGGCGCCACCGGAAUCUUCAUCUUCUAGACCAAACGAAGUUGUCGAGAUCAAGGAUCAAGACGAGGUUCGAGACAAAAAUCAGGCUGUUGCCACCACCACUGCUACUUUGAAGAACAACGAGAGCGGCAGAACAACUGGCAGUACCACUGGUGGUGGCGCAGCUGCGACGACUUCGUUUGGUGCUUCCUUAGCCGGCGGACCUCCUAAUGUUCCUAUUGAUUCGGAGGAGUACCAGGCUUACCUCAAAAGUCGUCUCAAUCUCGCUUGUGCAGCUGUUGCUUUGACUAGGGCAUCUUCUGCAAAAGCUCAAGAUUUUGCUGGUGUAACUGACAAUGGAUCACAAGCCUCCAACACCUCACAAUUGGGAUACCAAGUGCCUUCUAAAGUGUCAGGGUUUGAUCCCAAGGGACCAAGUAAGGAAAGUGGUGGGCCUAUCGGGAUCCCUUCUUUGCCCAUUAUACAAAAGAAGGCGGUUGCAAUUCCAGUGAAAUCAGCAACAAGUGGAUCAUCAAGAGAAUUAUCAGAUGAUGAUGAACUUGAUGGAGAUACAGAAACAACUCAAAAUAUGGACCCCACAGAUGCAAAACGUGUCAGAAGAAUGCUAUCAAACAGAGAAUCUGCUAGGCGAUCAAGGAGGAGAAAGCAGGCCCAUUUGACUGAGCUUGAGACACAGGUUUCUCAAUUAAGGGGAGAAAAUUCUUCAUUACUGAAGCGUCUCACAGACAUAAGCCAAAAAUACAAUGAAGCAGCUGUUGAUAAUAGAGUGCUGAAAGCUGAUGUUGAAACAAUGAGAGCAAAGGUGAAAAUGGCUGAAGAAAGUGUGAAAAGAAUUACGGGUUUUAACCCAAUGGUUCAAACCAUGUCGGAUAUAUCAACAAUGGGUCCCAUGCCAUCCUAUUCUUGUAGCCCAUCCGAUGCACCCUCGGAUACUUCCGUUCCUUUACAAGAUGACAUGAAACAACAACACUUUUACUCCGGCCAACCACCUCCCGCCACCAACCCCCACCAUCCUACUCCCGCCACCAACCACCACAUACCUGCUCAACGAAUGCCUGUAAACCUCCCACCCGUUGAAAACGUUCAACCGCACAACCCCAUGAUGCCGGAAGUCGGGCCACCGAAAAUAGGCCGAACCGCGUCGAUGCAACGUGUUGCGAGCUUGGAACAUUUGCAAAAACGGUUCCGUGGGGAUGUCCCCCAAGACCGUUAGACUGUGUUCAAUAGAACAUAACAGGACAUGACAAAACAGGACAGUACAGCACACAGUAUAAUACAAGCUUUCUAGGGGUAUUAUUGUUGCACCUUUUUGGGUGGGGGGCAGAUAAUUGCAUUCUUUUGUCCCAUUCACGUCAUCCGGUCUUGGUUCAAUGCAAGACAUAUGUAGUACAAUCUGUUUUGUGUUGUUCUGUUUUGUCAUGUCAUGUGUAGCAAAAAUACAGUCUUGGCAAGGAUUGAAUUCUAAUUUUAACUCAAGUCAUUUUUAUGUGCAGAGGCUCGAUUGGGGAGCCUGAUUUUUGUGUCAAAUAUCAGUUGGUGGUCUAGUAUUUGGAUUGUGCAUAUUUCUUCCUCCAUUGAUGUCUUGUUUAAAAUUGGACAAAUUGAAACACUGAAUGUGAACAAAUUUGAUGGAUUUUAUUUCUUUUGGAUC